CCUAAAUCUCAAUAUGGAUAACAAAAAGCCAAAUUCUUUAUCCACUUCAAGUAGAGUAUUCACCAAGAGAUCAAUGAAUACUUCAAGUAGAACAUUUAAUCCUAGUAAUUCUACUACAACUGCGCCUACUUCGCAAAUAUCUUCGCAAGCCCCUUCCCAGGUACCUCAGCAGAUGACCCCACAGAUUCCAAACCCUGCUUUGUCUCAGUCAACUCCUUACUAUCAACCUUCUCAAAGCUACCAGAAUACGUCGGUUCCUCAGACUUACCCUCCACAGGUCCAAACCUAUAUGCAGCCUAAUGCCCCUAUGGGAUAUCAAGGGAACAGCUGGCCUUCUCAGAACUUAGGGCAGUCUACGAUUGGUGUGCAUCAGACACAGUAUCAGUCACAUCAGCAAAACUUCCAUCAUAAUCAGUCCCAUCAUGGCCAUUCAAACCAUAGAGGUCUGAACAAUAAGAAGGAAAUACCAGUUCAGUUGAACCCAGAGAUUAUCAAAAAGAAUAUUUUCACAAAGAUCUUAGAGUGUAAUACUUCCUUUGGACCUUCAAAGACAGAGAAAGUCGCUAGGCAUGAAUCCCGUCACCAUUACUCACUUGAAGUACCAGAGGGACAGCUUCAAGAAUUCACAGUCCCCGAGGAAGACACCACUGAAAAGAUCUUCUCCUUGUACUUUUCAGUUCCCAAGGAAGAAGAAAAGAAGAGGAAACUUGAGGAAGAAAAACAAAAGUUAAGAGAAGAAGAGGAAAAGAAGCAAAAAGAAAUAGCGAGGCACGAACUCAUGGAGAAAGGAGUCAACCUCAAUCUUGCAGUUAAGGAAAGAGUCUUCUCUACUGAAAGCGAGCUUGAAGAAAUCCUUGAACCUUUUAACGCAAGUGACACUGAAUUUAUCAAGAUGUGUAUCAGCACUCUUAAAAAGGGUAAAAAUAUAUCAGUGAGCCAGCUUAAAGAGUUCCAGAAAAUGAGUGUUACUAAAAAUCCAAGCUCUUUGUGUGUUCAAGAGUCUCUCAUUAACAGAAAAUGCAGGGUCCAAGAUUAUUUCGGUGGAGGCCGUAAAAAUAACUAUCGAGGAAAUAAUAGAAGAGAUAGAGGAGAUCGAAGAGACAAAUAUGACAACAGAGACAGAAAAUACAACAACAGAGGUCCUAACUCAGGCGGUGGAGGAUUUUCCAGAAAAGAACUCACUGAAGAACAAAAGAAAAUGCAAAACGAAGCAUCUAACCUUAAGAAAGUUAUGGCUGAUAGGAGAAAAGCUGUUGGUGAAGUUGAGGUUAAUGUAAAACUCCUCAUGAACAAGAUUACUCCUGAAAACCAAAAAUCAUGUAGAAAACAAAUUGAGGAAAUUAUUAGAAAGAAUGAUUUCAAUCAGGAAGUCUUAGAGAAGAUUGGACUUAUCAUAUUCAAGAAGGCUUGUGUAGAGAAGAAGUACACUCAAAUGUACUCAGAUCUGUGACUAUAUCUCACAAGAAUAGAGUGCAAAGAAAUCAUUAAAAGAUACGAAAAAGAGGACGCUAAGAACGGAAUAACCAAAGAAGAAACUAAAGAAGAGCAGAAAAGAAAAUAUGAUGAGCAGUUAGCCAAGCUUCAGGAACAAUUAGAAAAAGGAAUUAUUGACGAAAUUCCAGCUGAUAUGAAAAAGUUUAAAUACAAAAAACCAAGGUCAAAGGCUUGGAAGAGUUAUAAGAAGGAAUCUCAUAUCAGGGAAAGUGUGACCACCCAGUGCAGGCUUCAUGUUGAAGAUCUUGCAGAGGAUGAGGAGCCUGACAAAUCUGAUCCAGAUUGGGAGGAUAAAUACUCAAAGUAUAGAGCUAAAAAGUUUGGAAACAUUAGAUUUGUGGGAGAGUUAUUCAACAAAGACUUUUUCUCUACAAAUCUGCUCUUGAGAAUCUUUGAUAACAAUCUUUUGAAGAUCCCAAGAGACCGAAUCAGAAGUAAUGAGAAAAUCACAGGAAUUGCAAACGAUAUGGUUGAGGCUAGCUGCAUUCUAUGAGUAGCUAUUGGUAAAAACAUGGAAGAGCAAUGGGAAGAAGAAGGAGGGGACCUCGAUAAGUCAAUAAAGAAAUCUGAGACCAAGAAGGGACACAAGACUACUUGGGAGAGAAUACUCAAAGAUCUUCAUGAGAUUAGUCUCAGAGAGGAUCUGAUAGAAAGCAGGACUAGAAUUCUGAUCAAAAAUACCUUCACCACAAAGGAAUCUGGCUGGAAGAAUGACAAGGAUGAAGGACCCCUCAAGCUGAAAGAACUUCAUAAAAAGGUUAGGAAAGAACAAGAAGGCGGCUAUGAAGAGGAAUAUGAAAAGCCUAAGCCUAAACCAAAGCCAAAGAGAGAAGAGAAGAAGCAAAAACAUGGCAGUGGAGGAACCUUUUUCGGAAUGGCAGACUUUGAAGAAAUCGAAGAUGAUGAUGAUGAAGACGAUGAUGAUGAUGAAGAAGAGAAAGUUGAUACUCAUCAAUCAUCUGCUGAUGAGAGAUUCAAGGAUAUCAAUGAUGACAAGCUGAGCGAUAUCUGUAUUGGUAACUUUAAGGAAUACCUUGACCAUGAGGAGUUCGCCUUUGAAACCUUCCAGGCUGGUCUCAAAGCUGGAAUCAGCAAAGGCCAAUUCAUAUUUGCACUAUUUUAUAAGCUGUUUGAUAAUGAUAGAACUAUCGUAGAUAAAUUUGAUGAUUAUCUGAUAGAAUUUAUAAAACAAAUUGAAGUUAAUCCAUCUGACAUCACUGAAGGGUUAACUAAAUAUAACAUAGAGUUGGUUAAUCUUGAAUGUGACUAUCCCUUCGUGGACAGACAAUACUCCAAGAUCCUCUACGCUCUAACAGAGGAAGAUCUUAUUGAAUAUGAUCAAAUCAAGUGGUACAGCCCUGAAGAUGAAAUGUCUGAUAUUUUCUUCAAAAUCUUUAUCAGAUUAGCCGAAAGGAAGUACAUUGACUCCGACCAUGAGAAGGAUGAGCUGAGAAGUUUCAUCCAAAAACAUGGCUUGGACAAAAUUUUGGAAUCAAUUAAGGAGUAUUUGCUAGAGGAGGAUCUUCUGAAAGAUUAUCACUCAGAAAUUAAGGAAUCCCCACUCUCUGAUAAGCUAAAUUCUUUGAAUGUCUGUGCGCAUACUCUGAUUUAUACAGAGCUUGGUUUACAAUAA